UAACCAAUUCCAAAAAAUAUCUCAUUCUUCAUCCUCCUCCUCCAUUAUUGUCUUCUCUCCUCACAUCUCUUAUAUAACCACCGACUCUCUAACUCCUCCUUCUUCAUCUACAUCAGAAAUCUGAGAGGGAUUUUAGAAAAAAUCCACCGAAAAUGAGAGAGAUUCUACAUGUACAAGGAGGACAAUGUGGGAAUCAAAUCGGAGCAAAAUUCUGGGAAGUGAUAUGUGAUGAACAUGGUAUAGAUCCAACCGGAAGGUUUAAAGGAGGAGUAUCAGAUCUACAAUUAGAAAGGAUUAAUGUGUAUUAUAAUGAAGCAUCCGGUGGAAGAUAUGUACCGAGAGCUGUUCUUAUGGAUCUUGAACCUGGUACUAUGGAUAGUAUUAGAUCUGGUCAAUUUGGUCAGAUCUUUCGUCCUGAUAAUUUUGUGUUUGGACAAUCUGGUGCUGGUAAUAAUUGGGCGAAAGGUCAUUAUACUGAAGGUGCUGAGUUGAUUGAUUCGGUUCUUGAUGUUGUUAGAAAAGAAGCGGAGAAUUGUGAUUGUCUUCAAGGUUUUCAAGUAUGUCACUCCCUUGGAGGUGGAACUGGGUCUGGUAUGGGAACCCUUCUAAUAUCGAAGAUGAGAGAAGAGUACCCAGAUAGAAUGAUGCUUACAUUCUCAGUUUUCCCUUCUCCUAAGGUGUCAGACACUGUUGUGGAGCCAUACAAUGCCACUCUAUCAGUCCACCAACUUGUGGAGAAUGCCGAUGAAUGCAUGGUCCUGGAUAAUGAGGCUCUGUACGAUAUCUGCUUCAGGACCCUAAAACUGAGCACUCCCAGCUUUGGAGAUCUAAACCAUCUCAUCUCAGCAACCAUGAGCGGUGUUACUUGCUGCCUACGUUUCCCAGGACAGCUGAACUCUGAUUUAAGAAAGUUGGCUGUGAACCUUAUCCCAUUCCCUCGUCUCCAUUUCUUCAUGGUCGGAUUUGCUCCACUCACCUCCCGUGGGUCUCAGCAAUACAUCUCUCUUACUGUUCCUGAGCUGACCCAGCAGAUGUGGGAUUCCAAAAACAUGAUGUGUGCUGCAGAUCCUCGUCAUGGUCGUUAUCUCACAGCCUCUGCCAUGUUCAGAGGAAAAAUGAGCACUAAGGAGGUCGAUGAACAGAUGAUAAACGUGCAGAACAAGAACUCAUCCUACUUUGUUGAGUGGAUUCCAAACAAUGUGAAGUCGAGUGUAUGUGACAUCCCACCCACUGGACUCCAGAUGGCUUCAACUUUCAUCGGAAACUCUACAUCGAUCCAGGAGAUGUUCAGAAGAGUGAGUGAGCAGUUCACAGCUAUGUUCAGGCGCAAAGCUUUCUUGCACUGGUACACUGGGGAAGGAAUGGAUGAAAUGGAAUUCACAGAGGCUGAAAGCAACAUGAAUGAUCUUGUGUCAGAGUACCAACAAUACCAGGAUGCCACUGUUGAGGAGGACGAGGAGGGUGAAUAUGAGGAAGGAGUGGAAGACAACUAUGAUAACUGAAGAAGUUGAACAUAUAAAUACUAGUCGAGUAUUAGUAGUAAACCAACCAUUUCCUAUUUCAGAACCAGUAGAAAUUAUAUUCAUGUGAGGGUGAAAAGAUGAGGUAUUACUUUUAUGUUAACUACUAUGUUGCUUUCAAAGUAUUAUUUUUCCUUUCCUUGUUAGUUCAUUUUUUCAUUUCUUGUUCUGUUUUUACGCUUGUAAGUGAAUUUAUUUAUAUGUUGUAUUGCUGUUGGUCUUCAUGGAAGUGAAUAAAUGAUUGGUUGUAUCCUGUAAAUUCUAUAUUUUCUUUUGGUGUUGGAAGCCCUAUUCUAUGUUGCCUGAG